AUGGACCGUGGCAUCAUGGGCAUGUGCGUCAACGAGCGCAGAAAAAUAACCAUCCCGCCACACCUCGCCUACGGAAGCAUUGGAACAGGUGGCGUCAUUCCCCCAGAUGCCGUGCUGGUGUUUGACAUCCUCCUGCUGGAUAUCUGGAGCAGUGACGACAAGGUCCAGAUAAGCACCAUCAGCAAGCCAGAGAAAUGCAAGCGCACUGUAGAGGCGUCUGACUAUGUGCGCUACCAUUAUAACGGCAGCCUAUUGAGUGGCACGUACAUGGACACCAGUUUCUCUAGCAACAAAACAUACGAUACCUACGUGGGCAAGGGUGACCUGAUCCAAGGCAUGGAAGAGGGCCUGCUGGGCAUGUGUGUUGGGGAGAGACGGAUCGUGGUCGUACCGCCAUUUCUGGGCUACGGAGAGAAAGGCUACGGGACCAAGAUCCCUCCGCAGGCCACACUGGUGUUUGAGGUGCUGCUGGUGGAUCUGUUCAACACUAAUGACGACAUGGAGGUGGUGAUCACCAGGCUAGCGAAGAACUGCACCCGCAAGACGGUGAAGGGCGACUACAUCCGCUACCACUACAACGGCACCUUCCUGGACGGCAGCGCCUUCGACUCAAGCUAUAAGCGGAACAGCACGUACAACACCUACAUCGGCAUGGGCUACGUGAUCCUGGGGAUGGACCGAGCCCUGCAGGGUCUGUGCAUCGGAGAGAGGCGAAGGGUCGUCGUGCCACCUCAUCUGGCCUAUGGAGAACAGGGAGUAGAGGAUCUUAUUCCCAGCUCGGCAGUCCUUGUCUUUGACAUCGAUGUCAUUGACUUCCACAACCCUAAAGACCCCAUCGAGAUCAAGGUGACCCACAAGCCCAAGGAGUGCAACAUGACCAGCGAAGGAGACGACAUGAUUCAGUACCGCUACAACUGCUCACUGAUGGACGGCACCUUACUCUACUCCUCGGACCACUAUGACUCAGCGCCCAUCACAACUCUGGGGGCCAAUAAGGUGAUCCUGGGUCUUGACGAUGGUCUGAAGGGCAUGUGUGUGGGUGAGAAGAGGGAGGUCAUCGUCCCCCCACAUUUGGGUCACGGUGAAAAUGGAGCCUCGGGUGUCCCUAAAAGUGCGGUACUGUUCUUUGAGCUGGAGUUGCUGAGCCUGAGCAAGGGUGUGCCAGACGGGUACAUGUUUGUGUGGCUGGGAGACAGCCCAGACCCGCUGUUUCCCGCCAUGGAUCUCAACGGAGACCACGAGGUCCCGUUGGAGGAGUUCUCCGCCUUCAUCAGGAUUCAGGUGAGCGAGCUGAAGGGGCGUCUGCGGCCGGGGAUGGACGCCAGUGUCAUCAUCAAGGACAUGUUCGACAACCAGGACCGCGAUAAGGACGGGAAGAUUGUUCUGGAUGAACUGAAGCUGAAGGCUGAGGAGGACUCAGACAAGGCCAGACACGAGGAGUUGUGA